GAGAGGAGCACAGAUUCCGUCUAACGGAGAAGCACGGAAAGGGAAACGGGCGAGAAACAUGAGUCGAAAUCGCCCUUGCGAAGGUUUCCACCUUGAAGGAAUAAAAAAUCUCCCGCAGUUGUAAAAAGGACUUGUUGUAGAGGACUUGAACUGAGAGAGGGAGAGCGGAAGCGGGCGGCAGGAGAAGGCGCGUCAAGAAGCGAUCAGUGCCGUCUGACAGACAGCUCAGGAACUUCACUGGAUUUGGUUGCUUUCGUUUACUUUGAUAAGAGGCUCGAGUUUUGGUUCGUUGCUGUUCAGACGUUGUCUGUGAUUUAACUUGAGCGUGUUUACCUCAGAGGCGGACAAUUUCCUGGAUCGAGUUUGGUAAAGUGAAGGUACUAUCGGAAAGUGGCAGUAGAAUGCAGGCCGGCAGCCGCGCGCUCUGCGGGCUUCUUCAACACCGGGUACAUUUGGCAUGUGACCCCAAAUACUGGAUUUAAAGUUUUGUUCUUCAGCUUUAUCCCCAGGAGAGAGAGCUUUGCAGUUGAGGUGCAGUGUCCCUGCUUGUAAUGAGCCGUCACUGUGUUGGUCCGUGAGUGUGGAUAACCAGUCGGAGGAACUUUUGUGCACACUCUGUGAAAUCAACACGUUCCAGCGGACUGCUUUGUGUGUAACGUGUGUUUGUGCAACUGCUUGUUGUCACAGAAACCUCCUGUGUAGUGUACGGGGAUUACAUUAUUGCCUGGCUUUUUAAAAGGGGCUCCUGUAAGGCCGGCAGAGGCCAGCCACCCUGUGCUGUCAGGCGGCUGAAGCGGAGCUGAGUGACCGCAGCACACGCACGCUCCGUGGAGCUGUGGCCGGACGGGCUCGGUGACAUUGCGAGUGGAGGGCUGUGUGUGUCACUGGAUUAAUUUGAGUGGUAACAUCACUCCACACUGCCGUACUCUGUCCACUGGCGAGGCCCCCACAAAGCGCCAGUAAUUGGAGCUAUUUUUAGCGGAAGGGAUGGGGUAAAAGCAGGCAGUUGGAAACCCAACUCCCCUCCACCUCCUUCUCUUCCACCCCUUCUGUCACACUACCUCGCUCAGCCCACCUGGCAGUAUGCUGGGCGAGCCUGGUUAGCACAAACUUGACUCACAACUAGUUAAGGUGUUUUACAACAAGUCUGGAAGAACACAGAUUGGACAAACUUAUUGUGCUGAUUGAUCUGUUGGAAACACACACUGACCAUGGAGUCUUACUAACCUGGGAAUACUAUCUGUACUUUAUUCUACUGGUUCAGGCUGUACUGGACACACAUAUCCUGUGCUGGAUUACUACUAAAAUGUCUGAAGUAUUAGCUGUGCACUUUUGGUUAAACCUUCCCUGUAAUAAGUGAACCUUUCAUUAGCAAGUGAAGUCUAUGCCUUUCCCCCGUGGACAUUUAGUUCAAACUCUUCAUCGGAGUGGCCAGUCAUUUUAAUGUAGAAGAAAGACCUACUUUUGAAUACUUAAACUAUCAGUCACCAGCACUCUGGAGUGCUCCAAACCUCCUGCACACAGAAAGAAUGCAUGAAACUGCCGAAACUAACGAAACAAAAAGCUAACCUGAAUAACCAAAUAUUCUAUUUCCCUUCAUUCCCCAUAGCCACAGAGAUACAGAAUAUAUAUGUAGAAUGAGAAAUCUAUAUCUAUAGUGUAACUUCACAGAAGACAUAGAUUACAUCCUUUAUAUUUUUACUUCAGAGAGACAAGCUGCCUGUACACCAGUUGGUUGCCUUAGAAACCGCAGUCACAAAAAAGAGAGAGAAACAAGCCAGAGAAGACGGUGCCUUUUGAUUGGUUGGUUGGUUUCCCACCAUUUCAAGAUUCAUUGAUUUAGUUGGAUGUAAACUGUUAAAGCGAACUCUGGGAUUGAAAACACAUCUGAUGACAGACUAAACAGCCACAAGCCCCAACCACCUGUCAGAGCGUGUUGAUUGACAGUUAUUUCCCUGCUGGAUUGAGCAAUUGCCAAGCAUUUCCAUGGUGAUCACGUCAUCAUCUGUGGAGGACAAGAACGUGCCCUCUUGCAGAAUGGUCCAAACAGAACCCUGGAUCACCUCUGCCCUGCUGCGCAAGAACAAGAGUGUAAGCAGCUCAGGAUGUCCGCCCACCUCCUCCUCCUCCUCCUCCUCCACUGCCCAGGGGUUCUCCCUCGCGGGCCGCUUCUCCCUCGCUGAGCCAGCCAUGACCAGCCAGCACACACAUACACACCCCUCCUUCAGCUCCAUCCACUCCAUGGCCGAGCAGCAGCAGGUGCUGUCUGAUAUGACCAUACUCCAGCGGAGGAUCCCCCCUAGUUUCAGAGACCCUGCCAGCGCCCCACUGAGGAAACUCUCUGUUGACCUCAUCAAAACCUACAAGCACAUCAAUGAGGUGUACUAUACUAAGAAGAAGCGGCGGGCCCAGCAGGUCCCUCCAGAGGACAGCAGCACCAAGAAGGAGAGAAAAGUCUAUAACGAUGGCUAUGACGACGACAACUAUGACUACAUUGUCAAGAAUGGAGAAAAGUGGCUGGACCGCUAUGAGAUAGACUCACUGAUCGGGAAGGGCUCCUUCGGACAGGUGGUGAAGGCCUACGACCACCAUGAGCAGGAAUGGGUCGCCAUAAAGAUCAUUAAGAACAAGAAGGCAUUUCUAAACCAGGCACAGAUUGAACUACGCCUGCUGGAGCUCAUGAACAAGCAUGACACUGAGAUGAAAUAUUACAUAGUCCACCUGAAGCGUCACUUUAUGUUUAGGAACCAUCUCUGUUUGGUGUUUGAGUUGUUGAGCUACAACCUGUACGAUCUGCUGAGGAACACCAACUUCAGAGGAGUCUCCCUCAACCUCACCAGGAAAUUUGCACAGCAGCUCUGUACAGCGUUAUUAUUCCUGGCCACUCCAGAGCUGUCAAUCAUCCACUGCGACCUGAAACCAGAGAACAUCCUGCUGUGUAACCCCAAGAGAUCUGCCAUCAAGAUAGUCGACUUUGGAUCCUCCUGCCAGCUCGGACAGAGGAUCUAUCAGUACAUCCAGAGCAGGUUCUACCGCUCUCCCGAGGUGCUGUUGGGAAUGCCUUAUGACCUGGCCAUCGACAUGUGGUCUCUGGGAUGCAUCCUAGUGGAGAUGCACACAGGAGAGCCUCUUUUCAGCGGCUCCAAUGAGGUUGACCAGAUGAAUAAGAUUGUGGAGGUUCUGGGGGUCCCUCCCAGCCACAUGCUGGACGCAGCUCCUAAAGCCAGGAAGUAUUUUGACAAGCUGUCAGACGGUCUGUGGACAGUGAAGAAGAACAAGGACAUCAAGAAGGAGUAUAAGCCCCCAGCCACACGGCGUCUUCAUGAGAUUUUGGGUGUAGAGACUGGGGGCCCAGGGGGGCGGAGGGCAGGGGAGCCAGGACACGCCCCCUGUGACUACCUGAAGUUUAAAGACCUGAUCCUGCGCAUGCUGGACUAUGACCCUAAAAGCCGCAUCACGCCAUUCUACGCCCUGCAGCACAAUUUCUUCAAGAAGACAACAGAUGAAGGAACCAACACCAGUUCAUCGACAUCCACCUCUCCUGCCAUGGACCACUCCCAUUCAACCUCCACUACUAGCUCUGUUUCUAGCUCUGGUGGCUCCAGUGGUUCUUCCAAUGAUAACCGCAACUACCGCUACAGUAACCGCUACUACAACUCUGCUGUUACACAUUCAGACUAUGAGAUGACCAGCCCUCAGGCUCCCUCCCAGCAGCAGAUGAGGAUGUGGCCCGGCAGUGAUGGUGGAGGUGGGGGUCAGGACCCAGCAUACACCCAGUUGCUGCUCCACAAGCCGGCUGCCUCCCAACAACACCAGCGCCACUUCCUGGACCCGCCCCACCACCCACACCCGACCUACUCCCACCAUGGGAAUGGCGGGCGCGGCCUGCGGCAGGGCGGACAGACGGGCAUUGGUGGAGGGGGGGGCCAGCAGGGAUCCUCGCCCCAGAUGAGUGACAGCAUGGAUGUGGGCGUGUCCCUAGGGCUGCACCACCUGGGGGCGGUGUCUUCCAUGGAGGCCUCUCAGUUUGGCUCUGCCUCCCUGCCCCUCGCUCUGCCAAUCGGACUGUCUGCCUUCCGGACUCGGACGGCCCCCACCGCCCCCGGGCCACAAGCCCCGCCCCCUGAGGACUACUACCCUGCCUCCAACAACAAUAACCCCGCUGCGGGGGGCAGAGGGAGGCCGGACUCAGACGAGGGGCCAGCCAACUCUUGAUAAAACCUGAACCAUGCCCUAAAGCCAUACAAUUUUAACUACAACUACUACAACUACACACACACAGCCAGAGUUCAGAGACAAAGAGGUGAACUUUGUGCUGCAGGAGACAGUUUGUACUGCAUGAGAGGAGGAGGAGGAAGGAGGAAGAUGCUGGGAAAACGCUCCUUUUAUCCUGUUUUAGUUUGUUGUCUUUUGUUGCGACUGUAAUUGGAAAGGAAUGAUUGUGACAAGUUUGUUUUUAUUAAUAUUAUUGUUGUUUAAUAUUAUUUGAUUUUUCUCGGGUUUGAGGAGUUGUGUGUUCUACUUGGUUGUUGUUUAAGCCUGGAGAGGAGGAGGAGGAUGAAGAGGAAAGAGAGAGGAGCCAUGCUUUUCCAUUUUACUCCAUAUGUUGGCUGUAAGAGGAAGAUCACGUGUUCAUGUUCACACCGGUUAGUUCUGACAUUAGGAUGGUCAUAUUUACAGUCCCCAGAGAUGAGCAGUCUUAACACACACUCACACACACUUACACACACACACCGCUGCAUCAAGAAGACAGACGCUGGUUUCGCAGGGAGGAAACACCAUCGUAUGUGUGAUUCAGGACUCAUGGAUUCUCUCUCGUGUCUGCUCGCGUCCUCCCUCUGUCCACCGCUCUCCACAUGCUGGUGACGGAGAACCUGGAGGGAGGGAGGGAGGUGGAGGGAGGAGAAGGUGGCAGGACACUGAUGCCUUCCUGGCGCUCAUAGGGAUCUCCUUCUCCUCCUCGUCCUCUCCCUCCCCCUGCUUUCUUCUUCCUCUCCUCCUCCUCCUGUUGUGUUUCUCCUCCAGACAGCUCCUCCUCUCUGUGCUGCUAAUCACCAUGACAACUGGUCCGGAUUGCUGCUAAAGAUCCAACACAGAUCAAUAAAGAAAUAAAAAGAAAUAGAAACAGAAAUAAAAAAAAAACUUUUUAACCCUUCUGCUUAAGAGAAAAGGAUAAAGUAAGAACCACUGCAUCUCAAUGUAUUUAUUACUAUUUAACAAGAAAAAACAAACUGAAAGUAACCCUUUUUUCUGCUCUUCUUUGUUUGGUUGCCUUCUUUCUGCAGGUGAGCUCUGAUUGGCUAUUGUAACAGUGACAGUAACUGGUGACAUGGGAAUGCCACCGGUUGUGGGGGCUGGGUGGAGGGGAGGGGUUGGGGCAAAAUAAAGUUGGAUAUAUAAUAAGAAUAAAGAGUAUACUUUUGCACACCAAAGUCAAAGAAAA